AUGCUAGAUGAUCUGCCACUUGAGAUUAUAGAAUGUGUUGCUCGAUACCUUCCGCAAGGCGACCGGAUUCGUCUCACAUACGUCAGUUCGAGACUCCGCUCAAAGGUGCUGCCGAUAAUUUAUCGCAACAUCUAUCUCAAUGAAACGCCUUGCGCCCCCAGCGACGCCGAUCCACUUCUCGGUAACAAUUGGUCGUGCCUUAGCAUUCCGCGGCCGCAUUUCCAGUAUGCAGACAGCAAGCUGAAAGCUCUUACGCGUUCCCUCGAACGAUCGUCCCUCCUGUCAUCGUACGUAGAAGUGGUAUACUGCACCUGGCAUUUGGACCUGGGCAUCUUAAGAGGGUUUCUUGCGGUGCUUGUGCGCAAGGCCCACAACUUGAGGGAGUUCCGCAACUUUCUCCACCUGGAGCUAGCAACAGACCUCAAGGCCGUUGGAUCGAGACUCCGGUCACUUGAUUUGCCGCCGCCAGGUAUUCUUCCGCAAAAACUAGUCAGCAAAUCAUACCUUUCGCUUCUCGGUGACCUGGUACGCCACUCACAGUUGGACAGCCUAACUUCUCUUAAUAUCUACCUGGACCCUGGCAUCUUUUGCUCCAACUAUGCCCCCGGGAUGCGAAAACUACGCCUCCGUAAAUUAGGUCUCAGCCUGAGGGGCGACAAAUACAAUUGCUCUUGUUUCAAGGCCCCGAGGUUGGCCUACUCAAAUAUAUUCGAUCCCAACUAUCUUGAAAAGCUAACUAUUCUGUCAUGGCACGAAAAACAGGAUAUUGACAUUUACGAACAAUACCAUCUCUUCGAGCUUUUGGACUUCAAGAAUCUGAAAGAACUAACCUUGAUGUCUUUUUUUGCGAACGACAGCUUCCUCCAGGAAUGCAUACGAAGCUUUGGUCAGCUGCGCAGGCUCAAGCUUGAUUACAUGUUUGGACAUUCCUUGGGCUCUAACAUAAUAGAGCUACUGGCGCAGAGCCCCUCUCAAAAGACGUUACAUUACCUAGACCUCAAGUUUUGGGAGCUUGACCCUUAUUUGGUCACCAUCGAACAAGGGCGAAGAUCUCGUUUUGAGAUUAAUGAAAUCUGCAAAUGCGAAUCCUGCAAGGACGUCUUCAGAAACAUCAUUCGCAAAAAGCUGUUUCCUUCACAGUCAGCUCUGAAUAUUCAAAGUAUAGAGGAUGUUACCAAACGAGACAUUAUAACAAAAAUUAUCAGUGUCGAUCCAAUAGUCCCUUACGCUCGGUUUGUUGAUACUAGACCUGGCAUGUUGUUCGUUGAGGACCCGGUCCUUGGCAACGCCCGUACAAUUAACAAGGCUCUCGGCGUUGCCGAAUCAAGCGAGUCCGCUUUCACCCGUUCUGACAUCGUCAGAGUGUAUCACGCGCACGUUCAUUCGAUGAAACGCACUUUUGACUACUUUCUCCAAAAGUUCCCUAGUCUCAAAUUUCUGAGUGUUAAUGACGUCCCCACAAUGGUAUGCGAAGGCCCAGGCGGGCAGCACUACAACAUGCCUGUUUUCAACAGCGCAGGAUAUCUAAGUAACCAAAUUUAUGAAGUUGUAGAUGAAGAAAGCUUAUUUGCGUAA